AUGGACUGGGGCUCGCAGUCGGCAGCCGUGAGGCGGCUCCGUGUCAGUGGGGAACGCCGGGGGAACUCGGUUGCCCCGGGGCAGAAGGAGCCGGAGGCCUCGGAGCAGGGGCCGCUCCUCGGGACGAGCGCCCACGACUGGACGCGAAGGCGGAGCAGCGGUGACGGCCGGGUCGCGGAGUCCGGGGUGUCGGAGGCGCGCGCCGCGCUCGCGCUCCUGUUCUACCUGCUCGGGCUCCGGCUGCUCGUGCAGCUUUCCCUGCGGCAGCUCGUGCUGCCUGCCGUCUCGGGGCCCCGCCCGGAGUUCAGCGCGCUCCGAGCCCGGAAUUACCUUGAACAUAUAACUUCCAUUGGUCCCAGAACUACAGGAAGCCUAGAAAAUGAAGUUCUCACAGUUAACUACCUCUUGGAACAGAUUAAAUUGAUCAGAGCUGAAAGCAACAGCAUUCACAAGAUUUCAGUAGAUGUGCAACAUCCAACAGGCUCCUUCAGCAUUGACUUCUUAGGAGGAUUUACUAGCUACUAUGAUAACAUAACCAAUGUGGUAGUAAAGCUGGAACCUAGAAAUGGAGCACAGCAUGCAGUACUAUCCAAUUGUCAUUUUGACUCAGUUGCAAAUUCUCCAGGUGCCAGUGAUGAUGCAGUUAGCUGUUCAGUGAUGCUUGAAAUCUUACGAGUCAUGUCAACAUCAUCAGAAGCUUUACAACAUGCUGUCAUAUUUCUCUUUAAUGGCGCUGAAGAAAAUGUCUUACAAGCCAGCCAUGGCUUCAUUACUCAGCACCCCUGGGCUAACUUGAUUCGUGCAUUUAUUAACCUGGAAGCAGCAGGUGUUGGCGGAAAAGAGCUUGUAUUCCAAACUGGUCCUGAAAAUCCUUGGUUAGUCCAAGCAUAUGUUUUGUCAGCAAAGCACCCUUUUGCCUCAGUGGUAGCUCAGGAGGUUUUUCAGAGUGGAAUUAUUCCUUCAGAUACAGAUUUCCGUAUCUACAGGGAUUUUGGUAGCAUUCCAGGAAUAGACUUGGCUUUUAUUGAGAAUGGCUACAUUUAUCAUACCAGGUAUGAUACACCAGACAGAAUUCUCACCGAUUCUAUUCAAAGAGCAGGUGACAACAUUUUAGCUGUGCUUAAAUAUUUAGCUACGUCUGAUAGGCUGGCUUCUUCCUUUGAGUACCGACAUGGAAACAUGGUCUUUUUUGAUGUGCUUGGCUUGUUUGUCAUAGCCUAUCCAGCUCGUGUUGGCUCAAUAAUUAACUACAUGGUGGUAGUAGUUGUUAUCCUAUACUUGGGCAAAAAAUUCUUGAAGCCCAAACAGAAAGCUACUAACUACACAAAGGAUUUCUUCUGUGGACUUGGCAUCACAUUGAUAAGUUGGUUUACCAGCUUAGUUACUGUUCUUAUUAUAGCCCUGUUCAUUUCUUUGAUUGGACAGUCUCUUUCAUGGUAUAACCACUUUUAUGUCUCCGUCUGUCUAUAUGGGACUGCAGCUGUGGCUAAGAUAACACUUGUGCACACACUUGCAAAAAGAUUCUACUAUGUGCAUACAAAUGAACAAUACCUGGGAGAGGUAUUUUUUGACAUCUCAGUGUUCGUGCAUUGUAGUUCUCUUCUUCUGCUCACUUCCCAAGGACUGUGUUCUGCAUUUCUUAGUGCUAUCUGGGUGGUGUUUCCAUUGCUCACAAAGCUGCUUGUCAAUAAGGAGUUCAAGCAAAAUGGUGCCAAAGGAAGAUUUAUCAUGAUUUACCUUCUGGGCAUGUUUAUUCCAUAUCUCUAUGCACUGUACCUCAUUUGGGCAGUGUUUGAAAUGUUUACACCCAUCUUGGGAAGAAGUGGUUCAGAAAUCCCACCUGAUGUUGUGUUGGCUUCCAUUUUGGCUCUCUGUGCAAUGAUUUUGUCUUCCUAUUUUAUUAACUUCAUCUACCUUGCCAAAAACACAAAGGUGACGAUAUUAGUUUUGGCUUCAGUGUGUGCAGUUACAUUCCUUCUUGUUUGCAGUGGUAUCUUCUUUCCAUAUAGUGCUGAUCCUGCUAAUCCAAAGCCUAAAAGAGUCUUUCUUCAGCAUUUAACUAGAACAUUUCAUGGCUUGGAUGGAAAUGUAGUGAAAAGAGACUCUGGAAUAUGGAUUAAUGGAUUUGAUUACACUGGAAUGUCUCACAUCACUCCCCACAUUCCUGAGAUCAAUGACACUAUCAGAGCCCCUUGUGAGGAGGCAGCUCCCCUCUGUGGUUUCCCUUGGUACCUUCCAGUGCAUUUUUUAAUCAGGAAAAACUGGUAUCUUCCUGCACCAGAAGUUUCUCCCAGAAACCCUGCUCACUUCAGACUUAUAUCGAAAGAACAAACACCUUGGGACUCUAUGAAAUUAACCUUUGAAGUAACAGGUCCUAGUCACAUGUCAUUCUAUGUCCGAACACAUGAUGGGUCAACACUUUCCCAAUGGUCUCUUGGCAAUGGCACACCAGUUACCAGUAAAGGAGGAGAUUAUUUUGUAUUUUACUCUCAUGGACUACAGGCUUCUCCCUGGCAAUUCUGGAUAGAUGUGCAGGUCUCAGAAGAACAUCCUGAGGGAAUGGUCACUGUGGCCAUCGCUGCCCAUUACUUUUCUGGAGAGGACAAGAGGUCUCCCCAGCUGGAUGCCUUGAAGGACAGGUUCCCAGACUGGACGUUUCCUUCCGGUUGGGUUUGCACCUAUGAGCUCUAUGUAUUUUAA